GUUCCUAGUGGUGGAAGAAGAAGAAGAAGAUGAGGUCGUGGCGGAUCAUAAGGAUAUUCUCCUAUGGCACAAUCGUUCUAUUAUUCUUCCUAAUUAUGAGACAUAGUGGAAGCGAAGAGGUGCAACGUACAGUGCCCUUUUCGUCUGAAACCGUUCGAUCUUUCAUCAUCGACUACUCCAACAACCAAUUCCUCAAGGACGGCAGAGCCUUCCAGUACAUCGGCGGAGAAAUGCACUAUUUUCGAGUGCCCAGAGAGUUGUGGAAAGACCGGUUGAAGAAGCUCAAGGCUGCGGGUCUGAAUGUUGUGCAGACAGUCGUCGAAUGGAGCGGACACCAACCCGCACAAAAUAGAAUCGUCUUCGAAGGCAACUAUAAUCUAAGCAGCUUCCUCAAAGAGGCCCAGAAGGUCGGUCUUCUCGUCACUCUACGUCCCGGGCCUUAUAUCGGUGCCGGCAGAGACAAUGGCGGGUUCCCGUACUGGCUCUCCACUCGAGUUCCCAGGGAGAAAUGGCGGACAUCGGACGAUCAGUUCUUGGAUGUGCUGGAUAAAUGGCUCGAUAUUUUACUCCCAACAGUGAAAACGUUUCUCUAUGAAAACGGAGGUCCCGUUAUAAUGAUACAGCUAGAAAGCGGCAGAUGCGACGGCAUCUACAAAAAGCAUAUCUUCCAAGUCUUCAGGGCUUACCUCGGUCGCUCCGUCCCGUUAUUUACGGUCGGUACGGUACAGCAGUUCCCCUGCAGCAAAAUCGGAGGCGCCCUGACGACCGUCAACGUGGGCGUAAAGAAUUACGCUCAGUGGGACUUGAACCAGACAAGGCGCGCUAACGGUGGCAAAGGUCCAGUCGCCGUUACCGAAUACCGCACCGGCUGCUUCGAUACGCACAAUUUUGCUCAUGCACCACUUGACAUAGGAGCCGUUUUAAAGAACCUCGAUACCAUACUGAAACACAACGCUUCCGUGGUGUUGUACAUGUUCCAUGGUGGCACAAACUUCGGCUUCAGCAACGGCGCCACGGCUGCCUCUCCUCACGUGACUAGCUACGACUAUCGCGCACCCCUGUCCGAAGCGGGUGACCCGACGGUACUUUACUACGAAAUACGACGCGUCAUCUCCAAGUACGUGCCGCUCUUGCCCCUCACUGAGGAAGUGUCAGCCGCUCCUAAGCUGGGCUUCGGGCCCAUUACGAUGCUGUGUGGUCCGUCUUUACGAGACGUCAUGAGAUACUUCAGAAACGAAGCGUCGCUCAAAAUAACUGAGGCCAAGACGCCGUUGAGCUUCGAGGCGAUUGGCCACGGCUACGGAUAUGUGCUCUAUGAGACCCCACUUCCUACGUUCUACGGUUCCAUGAAGUUGAGUAUUCCCAAGAUGCGGGACAGAGCCUAUAUCUUCGGAGACAGCAGCGUGUACGUUAUGCAACGUUCGAAGACUGCUGUCCAUCUGAAGCUGAGGAACGGGCCGCUGAGCAUUCUAGUGGAAAAUACCGGAAGAUACAGCUCCGGAAAAAAUGUUGGAGAGCAAAAGGGUAUCCUGUCCAACGUCUCUCUAGGCGAGCACGUGCUCAUCAACUGGACUAUGCAAGCCGUUCCAAUAAACGAACAGCGAGAUGUGAAUACAUUAUUCGCUUUCAUCAAGAGCUCGGUGGGUAGCGAAGACUGCACGGUGCCGCGUUUCUUCUUCGGUAGUUUUAUAUUGGAGGAAGGACAAGAGCCAUUGGACACGUUCCUGGACACCGAAGGCUGGACCAAGGGAGUUGCCUUCCUCAACGGCUUCAACUUGGGACGUUACUGGCCAGUGGUUGGACCGCAGGUGACACUGUAUGUGCCAGGAAGUGUUGUCUUGCCCUACCCGCAAGAAAACUACCUCGUUCUCUUCGAGACUGAAGGGCUCAGGCUCCCCGGCGCCACAGUAAAGUUGGUCACCGUACCGAGGCUAAACGAUCGAACGACACUGUACAAAGCAAAAAAUGUUGUAUAUGUGGUAAAUGUAUGAAUACAUUAUGUGUCCUAGG